AUGGCCGACCACCACCACGGGCAGCCGCCGUACGGGGACGGGCGGCGGGCGGGCCUGGGCGUGGGCGUGGGCGUUGGCGUUGGCGGCGCCGGCGCCGGAGAAGGUGGUGACCUGGAGAUCAAGGAGCAGGACCGGCUGCUGCCCAUCGCCAACGUCGGCCGCAUCAUGAAGCAGAUCCUGCCGCCCAACGCCAAGAUCUCCAAGGAGGCCAAGGAGACGAUGCAGGAGUGCGUCUCCGAGUUCAUCAGCUUCAUCACCGGCGAGGCCUCCGACAAGUGCCACAAGGAGAAGCGCAAGACCGUCAACGGCGACGACGUCUGCUGGGCCUUCGGCGCCCUCGGCUUCGACGACUACGUCGACCCCAUGCGCAGGUACCUCCACAAGUACCGCGAGCUCGAGGGAGACCGCGCCGCCGCAGCCGCAUCCUCCCGCGGGGUCGGACCCGGACCCGGCGGACCAGGCGGAGGGCCCCCCGACCACCACCCUGGUUCCACCUCGUCCGCCGCCGGUCCCAGCGCCGCAGCCGGUCAUUUCAUGUUCGGCGCCGCCAUGGACCGGCCCGACAACAACACCUCCUCCAGGCCCUUUUAA